UAAGUUUAUGAGUAGAGGCAACAGACUUAUGCUGCGACGACCCAACUUGAACAAAGUUGCAAAGAUCAAAACCAGUUCAUCCAAAAACCAGAAAUCAUCAAAAAUGGAUCCUCAAAUCUGGCACAAGAUUGCUGCUAUAUCUGGUGUAGCUGCUGUUGGGUUAGGAGCUUAUGGUGCUCAUGGUUUCAAGCCCCAAAACCUCACUUACAAAGAGGUGUGGAAUACUGCCUCACUGUACCAUUUGGUUCACACUGCUGCCCUUCUUGCUGCGCCUAUCACUAAACAUCCAAACAUUUUUGGAGGGCUGCUAACUGGUGGGAUUAUGGCUUUCUCUGGAACGUGCUAUGCAGUUGCACUUCUUGAAGACAGGAAAUACUCAACCUUAGCCCCUUUUGGUGGCUUUGCAUUUAUUGCUGCUUGGGCAAGUUUAUUGUUUUAGGAGAACGGAUGCCCAGAGUUAGCAAGCAGCAGUUGCUAAACUUGAUUGAUUCUGCAGAUUUAUUGAGCAUUUGGUGAAUCAAACGGGCUAGUCACACUUUCCUGUUUCACUUUCUGUAAAAUAGCAACGGAACUGGUGGAAAUAUUCUGUAAGCACCAUUCGACGUUCCUUGAAUGUGUAAAAGAGAAGUUGAAGUUCAGUAUACUGAAUGCUGGACCAUAUAACUUACCAAUAAAGUUGAUUUGAAAUUUCCUAAUACAAAGUUAAUGCUAAGUUCGAGCUUUCA